CUCAAUUAAAACUGAAUGAUCCAUGGCGGCUUUCAUUCAUUCACCUCUUUUCCAUUUCAUAUAGACAUUUAUCCCCUAUCAUUGUAUCCAGCCCCCGACAUCUACCGAUCAGCACCAUGCACCUCCAUACAUCUGCGCCUGCACUCUUGCUUUUGCUGAUCUCGCUCAUAAUCCUAUCGCCUACCCAUGCAAGCCCUGGCAAGAAUUCCGACGACGGAGUAGAAUUCGUGCGCGCCUGCGACAGCGGCUCCGACGAUGUCACCAACCAGUGCAUCAACCGGAUCCCCGAGGACAUCGGCGCAAACAGCAGCAACCACGCGUGCGCCUACCACGAAGCCGAGGUCAAGUGCCUCGGCCUCUGCGGCAACACGCUCACCUGGAAGGUCGCAUACAUCAACGCCCUCAAGCGGUACAGACUUGUCUGUGCCGGCUACAUCGACGAGCGCAUUGCCGAAAAAGAAGAAAGCGGCGAGGGCGGCGAUCCCGACUCCAGCAACGCCAUUAGGAAGCAUAAGAAGAAGAAGGCUGCUGAUGAAGACGACUCGGGAGAUGCCCCUGCUGGCGAUGACGCUGACGCGACCCCCGCAAAAAAGAAGAGCAAGAAGGCAGCCAUCGCAUUCGACAUGUCGGCGCUUACCGGCGACUCAAUGGUGGCGGCAACGUCGUCGUCCGAGGCUCCCGACUCAUCGUCUGCCGCGGCCAAGUCGCAGUCCAAGGCUGCCAAGCCCACAAAGUCUGAUCCUGCAAAGGGCAAGCCGUCGCCCAAGCCCACAGGCAAGCCAUCGGCUAAGGCUGGUAGCGGCGCCUCAAGGCCAGCAUCUGGCAAGACCCAGGACGACAAGAAGGACGACUCGAAGCAGAGCAGCAGAGACUCCGAAAAGGACGGCAAGUCGUCGGCCAAGGGCCAGGGCCUGUUGCCCACGAUGGACCCUGAUAUGGCCGGUGCUGGCUCGCUGCAGGCGUGGUCUGGGUUCACCAUUUUUGCCGGGCUGCUGGCACUCCUUUCAACCCUCUAGACUUGCAUUAACUGGUACCACACCAUGGCAGCUAAUAUGUUUUCAGGUGUAUAGCCGCUGACGG